AAACUACAUUUCGUGAAAUACUCAACUUCAGAAAAUGAUAUGGAAUUAUGUGAACUCACGAACGGUAACUUUCCUCAUUCGGAUUCGGACGGAAUUGGCAUUGAUCCAAAAGAUCAAAUCAACGAAUGGCAGGCUGCUUGGAACAUAACGAACGCUAUACAGGGUAUGGUGAUUGUCAGUCUUCCAUACGUAGUCCUGAAAAGUGGCUAUUGGGCCGUAGUCGCCAACGUGCUGGUGGCUGGCAUUUGUUGCUACACGGGAAAGAUCCUUGUCGACUGUUUGUAUGAAGAAAACGAGUUUGGGGUCAAGGUCAGAGUAAGGAAGAGUUACGUUGAGGUCGCAGACCUUGCGUUUGGGUCUGUGAUCGGAGGGAGGAUUGUAAAUUUCGCUCAGAUCAUUGAGUUGCUGAUGACGUGUAUUCUAUAUAUGGUCCUGAGCGGUGAUCUGAUCGUCGGUAGUUUCCCCAACCUUCCAGUCGAUCUGUCGUCAUGGAUUAUGAUAAGCACAGCGUUCCUGAUCCCCUGUGCGUUUCUGCAGUCACUUCGUAGCGUGUCUUGGUCAAGCUUCUGGUGCACCGUUGCACAUCUUAUCAUCAACGCCAUUGUACUUAUUUUCUGUAUCACCAAGGCGGCUAAAUGGAAAGUUCAAGAGGUCAAAGUUCAUUUGGAUAUAUGGUCAUUCCCCAUAUGCCUUGGGAUCAUUGUAUUCAGUUAUACGUCACAGAUAUUUGUGCCUACGUUAGAAGGAAACAUGACUGACAAAAGUAAAUUUUCGUGCAUGAUGAACUGGACUCAUUUUGCUGCUGCCAUGUUCAAGUCUUUGUUCGGAUACAUUGGAUUCCUCACAUGGGGAAGUGCUACACAGGAAGUGAUAACCAAUAACAUAUCGUCAGAAAUAUUCAAAAUAAUCAUCAACAUGUUUCUUGUCAUCAAAGCGUUGUUUUCAUACCCUCUGCCAUACUAUGCUGCUGUAGAACUGAUUGACACCGCCCUGUUUAGUACAGGAUCUAAGACAGUAUUUCCCUCCUGUCUAGACGACAAGAAAACAUUGAAAGUCUGGGCUGUUGCGCUACGUUUAGGACUUGUACUAGCCACCAUGUUGAUGGCUAUAUUUGUACCAUUCUUUGCUCUUUUGAUGGGACUCAUUGGGAGCUUCACGGGAACAAUGCUAUCCCUGGUGUGGCCCUCCUACUUUCAUUUGUACAUAAAAUGGAGGGUCUUGCGUUGGUAUUCCAAAGUUUUUGAUAUCGGAGUUAUGAUUCUAGGAUUUGUAUGUUGUUUUGUUGGGAUGUACUACAGCGGAAUAGCACUUUAUCAAGCCAUACAGGGACUCCCUGCCACCCCUAGUCACGCGUCCCAUGUGCCCUUCCAUAAAGGCGUAUAAUCUACUAAAUCUUAGCCUGGGACGGUUUAAUUGUAUAUCAAAAAGAAAUUUUCUUUUAACUAUCUUUCGGUGUUCUAUUCAAUCGAAUCUAUAAUGGAUUUUCAGACAUGCAGGCAAUAAUUCAAUACACUGAAAGUACGAUUUCGUUCCGUUAAAACUUCCUCAACUUCAUACUGAGAAAGAAAUUUCCGUCACAUACCAUCUUUGUGUUCAAUUUUCCAAGAACGUUGGACUAGCUGCCUAUACUCUCCAUGAUUAUAGACAUCGUGUUUUCAAGUAUCUCGUUUGUUUAUUUUGUAGCCGAGGU